UGUCGAUCCUUCCUCAAUAGAGGACUUGGAUCUACGUCUAUGAAUAAUUUUGUAGAUUUUUUGUGAUGUGUGUCGCAAUGUCUGCAUCUACAAAAACGAUGGCGAGCACCUUGUACCGAGGUGAGAUCCUUCUCACGUCCACCGAGCUCGAGGCAUUUCGCGAGCGUUUGAAUCAGCUCUGGGAAGCAGCCGGUGAAGGAUCAGGUGUAGAAGUACCAUGGAAGCUAACACCUCUGGACGCCGCAGUAUCACGCGCUCAGAGUUUGUUACAUUCUGACCUGAUCGAUAUGAACGUAUCUUUAACGCCUAAGCGUGAGCGAUCAUCAAGUAGCAUUGCUAAAAAGAAUGCAUUACGUCGUAGUUCAUUUUCUGACGUCGUUGACCAUGAGACCAUUGAUGAGGACAUAGACUCCUUAUUCCAGGAGAUAAUGGAUGAGGAGUUUGAUGAAAUUGAGAAUAUCAUUGAGCCACAUCAAUCUGCUUAUAAGGAUUUGGAUGAGACGGUCGAUUUCGACUCUGCAUCUCCUGUAUAUCCCUUGUUACAUCCAGAUGAAUCUGUAUUACCCAAUAUGCCGCCAUGGGUAGAAAAGUUUCAUAAUGUUAUAUCAUCUUUGUGUCGUACCAAAAGUGGUAGUCAUUUUGUAACUCACCUUGAUCUGGAGCUUACGAAGCCAUCUGAAGAUGAGAAUGCACCGGCGUCACUUCCAAAGGUGACUCUUCAAUUAGUUCUAGAGAAGCUAUUGAAGAACAAUUAUUCAAAUGCCACUGAAGCAUUUGCUGAGGUGUAUUCCAUGUUGUUAUCUGUGUUUAAAUUUCAGAAUCCUGGCACUCAGCUUUGGAUGUUUACUCACGAUGCCUGUCGUCGUCUGGAUACUUUGCGUCGUGACAGUGGCUUGGUAGAUUCUGAGGUUGCUAAUGUUGGUUACGGUGGUAAGCAUCCUCCAGCUCCCAUUCAGGUUCCUGUACCUCCAAUGCCUGAAUCUGUUCCCGUGCCGGUGAAAGCCGUGUCUACAGAGGAGAAACUUCAAUUUCAGGAUGCUCUAGCUGCAUUAUCUCCUGAGAACCACGUAGAGCUCUAUAUCGCAUUUGAGAAGUUAGCCGUUUGGCGCAACAUAGGCAACGGUGAGAUAGAGUUGGAUGACGACGCUACUGACCCUAACGUAUUCAGGGAUAUGAUGCGAUGGGCCAAUAGGGCCAACAAUAAUUACGUAGACCAGAACUCGAGCCUUUAAUAU